GCGAAUACGGCCAUUUACAUUCCUUCUCCCUCUUUUUCUUUAACUCUUGGUGUGGAAUAAUUCGAUAAUUCUCCUCCGUCACCUCCUUCCGGAAAGAACUAAAAAGAAAGACAAAAUGCCAUACCUUCCCACACCCCAGGCAUACCUGGAACAAUCUGCUCUACUACUCCAGGCAUAUCCGGAUAGCAGAAUAACAACAAAAUACUCCUUCCCCUCCCAACGCCCAACAGCCCUCAAAAAAGCCCAAGCCCGUCAGUCCCAACGCCAACAGCAACAACAACAAACACAAGAUGCCUCUACAACACAAUCAACAACACAACCACCCGUCGCAACCCUCACAUUGAAAACCUACAACCCCUCCGCCGGAAUCUGUCUGCAGUACAGGACGAAUAAGGCCGCCGAGGUUGGUCGGUUAAUUACAAGUCUGGGGAAGUUGGCCGGUGGUGCGGAUGUUGCUGCGCUGGGGUUGGGGGCUGCGGCUGCGACUGCUGGUGCUGCGGCUGGAGGGGAUGUUGAGAUGACCGAUGCGCCUGUCGCGACUGAGGAGGGGGCACCGACACCUGCACAGGCGGCGGGGCAGGCACAAGGGAAAGCGGAGGGGGCUAAGGGUGGGAAGUCGAAGAAGAAGGGUAAGGGGAAGCGGUGAAUUGGGUUGGAUGGGGUGUGUUGCUGUUAUCAGAUGGGAGAAAAUUGGGGUCUUGUCUGGGUAAUGGAUGGAUUGAGAGGGUCUCAGCCUGUGCUUGAGUGAUGCUGUUCGGGGUUCUUGGGGGAACGAUACAGCCGGGCAAUGCCUGUUCAACGGCUGCAUGGACACCCUUGGUCUUCGAGACUAAGCUAGUUCCUCGUGAGUAUUACCUCGCUUAAGACGGCAAAAGGACAACCAUUACGAGAUAGAUGAGCCUGUAUCUGUACAUACGAAUGAAAUCUCGUGAUAAAGAC